UUACCCUAUGCGAGUACAACUAAAGUGAUGCUAAUUUGAGUAUAAAAAUUGAAGCAUUUCCAUGUUGAGAUCGUAGUCAAAGCUUCUUGCUUCAAUUGAACAGUUCUUCGCUGAUCUCGUUUUAGCGCAAAGAAAAUCUCAAUUUUCAUCAUGAAAUUCGCCAUUUUUGCCGUUGUUGUUCUGGCUCUUGCCAUGAGUGUUCAAUCCUCAGUCAUUCCAUUGGGAAUUGGUUUGGGAUUAGGUCAUCGUCUUGAUAUCGCCGGACAUGGUCUCUCAUACACUGCUGUUUCUGGACCAGCUAUUGUUCCACAAGUUAUUGGUGUCUCUGCAUUGGGACUUCCAGCUGCUGUUGCUGUAGCUCCAGCACCCGCUGUUGCUGUUGCUCCACAUGUUGUUGCUGGUGGUUCAUAUGUUGCCCAAACUCGUGGAGCUACACACGUUGCACCAUUGGCCGGUCACAUUAACUCAGUGUCGAGCGUGAAUGUUGCUCCAGCUCCAGGAACUUUGUAAAAAUUUAAAUCUCCAUUAAAUAUUUUAUCGAUAUGCCAAAAGACAAGAAAACAAAAAAAUGAUUUAUGAUAAAUGAUAAAACCUGGUCAAGAUGCGUUUUGCUUCCAAACUUCUAAUCUUUUUUAUAAGAAACAAAAAAUAUUUCUAAACAACUGAGAUCUUUCAACUUUCUGUCCUAUUUUUCUUUUAAUUUUCUUUAUUUCAUUUGUAUAACUUUUUAUUUUUGUUUUUUUCUUGACUCAAUGAAUGAAGCUAGAAGCUAAAGGGAAAAUAAAGAUUUUAUAGAAAAUAAAUAAAAUAUGAAAAAUAUAA